AUGCCCAUAACGCCACCAAUGAGCACCUUCGCCUUCAAACUUGCUGCCAUCGUGCUCCCCACCCUCAACGACAUCCUUCCCAAGCUCAAGGUCGCCAAUAUCAACUCCUCUCAUCGUCGCCAUGGAUACGUAUACGCACGUCACAUCGGUGCCGUGGCUGAGGUUCACGACAAAGGUCUUCCACGCGUGGCACGGGUCACCAUCGGCGACAGGGCGUCCAUUCUCUUGGCGCAUACGCCGCAGUUGACGCACGCCCUCGUCCUUCCUGGCCCGUCCUGGGGCCCAUCAUGGGCAACGCCUUCGCCGGGUGCGCGGAAACGUCGACCAAGAGUAUUGUCUCUGCCAAGGCCCGGCCAGCCCGAGACUAUCGCGGGCAUUAUCGAUGCGGCCCUCGAGGAGGGGUCUUCUGAUGUCUAG